AUGUUGCUGUCUUCAAAUAGACACAUCUUCCUGUUUGACAAAGCUGUCAUUGUGUGUAAGAGACGUGGAGAUAACUACGAGAUGAAGGAAGUGGUUGACUUGAGUAUUUACAAACUAACAAACAACCCAACGACAGACAACGAAAAUAAAAAGUGGUCCCAUGGAUUCUACCUCACACACCUGCACGGACAAAAUGGCUUUGAAUUCUUCUGUAAGACUAAAGACUUGAAGAAGAAAUGGCUGGAACAGUUUGGAAUGGCGCUAUCAAAUAUCCGGCCAGAGAACGGUAACAGCAAUAAUCACACGUUCAGUAUGCACAGCUUCGAGAGGAUCACCUGCUGCUCUGCUUGCCGGAUGUUGCUCAGGGGUAUAUUUUAUCAGGGUUACCUUUGUACAAGGUGUGGAGCUGGAGCACACAAGGAAUGUUUAGGCAGAGUGGGAAUCUGCAGCAAGGCAGCAGAUUCUGGGAGAAUGAACCAGGGGAGGUGGUUUAAUGGACACAAGAGUAGCAGCAGACACACAGAUCCCGGGUUACCAAAGAUGCAAGUGGUGAGGAGAUACAAUGGGACCCCUCAGCCGCCAGGGAACACAGGCCCUGCCUUACACAUGCAGCUCGGUGACAUCCUCGAGGUGAUCUGUGCUGAAGCUCACUCCACCUGGUGGCAGGGUAAAAAUCUGACAACGAGGGAAAUUGGGUUUUUUCCGAGUGACUCAGUGAAGCCCUUGCCCUGUGUCCCCAAACCCACAGAUUACUCUGGAUUCCCAUGGUACGCAGGGCCAAUGGAGCGGCUGCAAGCCGAGAACGAGCUGAUCAACCGUGGGAGCAGCACCUUCCUGAUCCGGCAGAGAGUGAAGGAGUGUGGGGAGUAUGCCAUCAGCGUGAAGUACAACAAUGAGGUAAAACACAUCAAAAUCAUUUCCAGAGAUUCAUCCUUUCACAUCGCUGAGAAUAAACGAUUCCAUGCUUUAACCGAACUUGUUGAAUAUUACAAAUAUCAUUCUCUGAAAGAAGGGUUCCGGUCCCUGGACACCACCCUACGUUAUCCGUACAAAGACCCUGAGGAUGGCCCGAUCCAAAGAGCUCACCAUGGGCGGGGUCACUCUUUGGGUCCGAAGGUGGUGGGAGUCGCCGUAGCUCAGUAUGCCUUCUCAGCGCGAGAUAUGAGGGAACUGUCACUGCAGGAGGGAGACAUGGUGAAGAUUUACACCAAAAAUGGACCCAAUGGCUGGUGGCGAGGAGCUGUCAAUGGCAGGGUCGGUUGGUUUCCAUCCACGUACGUAGAAGAGGAGGAGGAUUGUUUCCCAGACUGACCCCGUGCUACAGUGGACACUCGGGGAUUGGUGAACCAACACAGUUACCCAUGUGCUAACCAUUCUGGAGACGGUGGAGAUGACUCUGUCCCUGCCUCACGUGUGGGCAAUGUGUUUUCAGGAGCUUAUGGAUUCAGUGGGAUACCAGGAAUCUCUGCAGGCAACGAGGGGAGAAUCUGCUCUGGAACAGGGUGGGGAUCCAAUUGCUGACAAUCCCCUUGGAGUCCAAAUCCAGGAGCAGUGUCACCUGCAGAUGGAGUGGAUCCAGAUCACGCUUUGAGCAGAUUGAGAUAGAGCCUGUAGAUAUCACUGGAGCUCUGCUGUCCCUGUCCCUGUCCCUGUCCCUGUCCCUGUCCCUGUCCCUGUCCCUGUCCCUGUCCCUGUCCCUGUCCCUGUCCCUGUCCCUGUGAAAUUAGUAUUUGAUUGUUACUGCUGGCUGGAUAUCAGAAACAUUUUAAUUCAGCAAACUCUCAUCUGUUUACACAGCCCAAUGAUCAGGCCCUCACUGAUCUCCAUCAGACCCAAUACAAACUGUUCAGCCUCUGUCCCAAACCCAAUCUGAUUCAGUGACUGGCCCCAAAGACCAAACCUGUCUGACUGGCCAGCAGGUUUCCCUCAGACUCACAACACCCCUACCCCGGGGUCACCCAACACCCCUACCCCAGGGUCACCCCCUAACACCCCUACCCCGGGGUCACCACCCAACACCCCUACCCCGGGGUCACCCAACACCCCUACCCCAGGGUCACCACCCAACACCCCUACCCCGGGGUCACCACCCAACACCCCUACCCCGGGGUCACCCAACACCCCUACCCCAGGGUCACCACCCAACACCCCUACCCCGGGGUCACCCAACACCCCUACCCCAGGGUCACCACCCAACACCCCUACCCCGGGGUCACCCAAUACCCCUACCCUGGGGUCACCCCCCAACACCCCUACCCCGGGGUCACCACCCAACACCCCUACCCCGGGGUCACCCAACACCCCUACCCCAGGGUCACCCCCUAACACCCCUACCCCAGGGUCACCCCCCCAACACCCCUACCCUGGGGUCACCCCCUAACACCCCUACCCCGGGGUCACCACCCAACACCCCUACCCCGGGGUCACCCCCUAACACCCCUACCCCGGGGUCACCCCCUAACACCCCUACCCCGGGGUCACCCCCCAACACCCCUACCCCGGGGUCACCCCCCAACACCCCUACCCCGGGGUCACCCCCCAACACCCCUACCCCGGGGUCACCCCCCAACACCCCUACCCCAGGGUCACCCCCCAACACCCCUACCCCGGGGUCACCCCCCAACACCCCUACCCCGGGGUCACCCCCUAACACCCCUACCCUGGGAUUACCCCGCAACACCCCUACCCCAGGAUCUUUACUGAGGGAGUGCUGCACUGUCGGAGGGUCAGUGCUGAGGGAGCACCGCACUGUCGGAGGGUCAGUGCUGAGGGAGCGCCGCACUGUCGGAGGGUCAGUACUGAGGGAGUGCUACAUUGUCAGAGGGUCAGUCUAUCAGAUUUAACAUAAGGUCCUCGCUACUGUCACAAGUGAAUUCAGAAAUUCCCAAUGUAAGAAUGAUUGGUUAGUUAAUGUGGGUCAUCUUCUUCAUGUUAAUAUUCAUCUCGCGAUUAUCUUGACUAACACAACCGAUUGUCUGCUCAUUAUCUUAUUGUGGGAUCUUGCCAUGUACAUAUCAGGAGCGUUUCCUGCAAUCCAGCAGGCCCCAAACCGUCAGUGUGUUUUAUUGUCUCGGGGGUCUUUGCUGCAGGUUCUUGGUGUCUCACUCAAUUUUCAACACACAGCCCAUUCCUCCAAGAAGAUGGAUCAAACGUCUGGAACCAAAACAAAUGACCUUGAGCCGUGUGAGUGUCAGGGUCACCGGAUCAGGGCGGUGUAAUGUCAGGGCUAAAUAGGCUUCUGCUUCACUCCUGGAUACUGAGCUCCAAAGGAUGUACAAACUCUGUUGAGAAAGUUUCAGUAAAAACCCUUCAUUAAACUGGAGAUGUUUGAUUCAA